AUGAUUUGUGUCGAAUGUACAAAUCCUGAUAUUGACUGUUUGUAUUUUAGAUAUAAGAGUGAAUAUAUCAAGUUAACCAUUUGUUCAAAAUGUGGAAGAGUAGCUGAUAAAUAUAUUGAAUAUGAUAAUGUUAUUUUGUUUCUUGACAUAAUGUUGUUAAAACCCCAAGCAUACAGACAUUUGACGUAUAAUAUAACUGAAUCUGAGUUAUUAAAAGAUGAAGCGACUCACAAAGGAUAUAUAAAACGUAACGCUAGUCAUUCAACUGUUUUCAGUUUGAAGGGAUCGAUAUUAAGGUAUAGAGCACUAAUAAGAUUCGUAACAGUAAUGAUCCUAUUUGAAGUCUAUUUAACAUGUGCUUACGAAGAGAGAAAGGAUAAACAUUCAAUUAUAAUGGCAUUUAUUUUAGACCAGGAAAUACAAUACCAAUAUCUAUUUUUCAUAUUAAAGCUGAUCCUAGAAGAAGCAACAUUAAAUUUUUCAAUUCAAUAUUUUUCCCAUAAAUUCUUCAAAUGGGGAUCUAUUGAGAGUAAGAAUAUCAAUGAACAAUUUCAAAAUGGAUAUCGUAGAUACGUUUUGUUGGUAUCUGUAUUAGUUUCAAGUUCAAUCAAGCUAUUUCCAAUCCUCAUGCUAAUAUGGCCGUACGAUAGAACAACAAUUUCUACAACGAUUAUUAAUGUAAUUGGAUUUCUAAAUACUACUGAAGCAUUGAAGUUGGUCACUAAUAUGAACUAUAUAUCAAUCACUGUCAUUUUAGGCAUAUCAACGGCUUUAAAAAAUUUAAUAUCUCGCAGCAUCCUAGGUGUACUAGUAAGCUAUAUGUCGAAUAGCACCAUAUCACAAAUACAAACCAGUGAAUAUAAUGAAACUAUUGACCUGUUACGUAAUUCUAUAGACUUUUUACGGAGCUUGAAAGAUAGUUUAAUUAAUUGA